AUGGCACGAUGCUACGAAAUCCCAGACCUUCUUGCGCUCUGCCCGAAGAAAGUGGGGAACACCAUCAGUCCUCAUUUUGAUGCAGCCCGUAUAGGCUAUGAACGAUGGGUGAACGAGACGUUGCCCAAGGGUUUUGCUAUCGAGGUGGACAACGCGGAAAUGCCUCUGCUGGCGGCGCUCGCGUGGCCGUAUGCAAGCGAGAAGGAGCUCCGCGCUAUUUUGGCGUACAUGACGAUGUCGUUCAUGCUCGAGGAGAUGACCGACCGAGAACCCACAGAAAUUUCCACACGGAACAGCGAGAUCUGGAUCAAGGUUCUUGGCGAUCCGGAAGCGGGACGUGAUGUUUUAAACCCUCAUCCGUUCAUCAAGUUGAUGACCAAAUCCCUCGCUAACGACCUCAAAUCCGCCAUUAACCCGUUCCACUGGCCUCAGGUCCUUGAGUCCAACGUCGCGUUUGCGCGGUGCGUCAUCAAAGAGGCCGAGGAUCGCGAGCUGUUCGAAGACAAGGAUGCGAUCCGUACCGUUGAGGCGUACAUGGAAUAUCGUCGCGAGACAAUCGGAACGCGACCCUGUUUCGUGCUCAUGCGUGCGACAAGAAAGCUGUACCUCAAUGACGAAACGCUUCGUGACGAGGUGGUGGCGGACAUGGAGAACUAUGCACUGGAUGCGGUGUUCAUUGCAAACGACAUUUACUCGUACAAGAAAGAACUAGACGACAAUGGAGCGCUGAACAACAUCGUCACUGUCAUGACCCGUGACCCGCUCACGGCAUCUUUACCUCUGCAGGCACGAUUCAACCACGCUGCUUCGCUCUUCCAUCACGCACUAAAGCGCUUCGAGGACGCUCGAUCGGCUAUUUCUCUCGCAAAGGGAAAAUACGACGCGAAGACGUACGAUAUGCUGCAGCGGUACGGCGAAGGUCUGGUUGACUGGAUCGUAGGGAACAUCGAGUGGAGCAUCAUUAAUCAUCGGUACUGCGUCUAUGACAGCGAGAGAGAUAGGCAGGGGAGGGUAAUGAGGCUCAGUGCGAAGGAGGCAGAGUUGGCUGAAGAGAAUACGCGCAUCUCGGUCAAGGUCGAGACUGUUGACAUCCAAACGUACACGGUGGCUCAAAACAAAGUAUCGCCAAAGACGUACUUCGGUAUCCAGCUUAUGCUCUUUAGCCUCGCUUCCAUGUGCAUUUUCGUCUCGGGUAUCCGUAACAAUGACCCCGUCCUGACGGGCACAUAUUUGCUGGGUUGA